CUCUCCCCCCCCCCCCCUCCCGUUUCCCGGCUCCUCCUUGGCUUGGACCCUGGCGGCGGUUCCUCCCUGGCCGGUGUGUACCACGGUCCCGGGUGCCGAAGGCCUGAUGGUGCCGGGUGCCGUCGCGCGGGGCGGCCAGGCUCGCCUGGCUCCCAUGGCAGGGUCAUCUUUCCUGCUGGUCCUGGCGCUGCUCGUGUCGGUACUCUUGAUCACCCUCUCCCAGGGGCAGGACAUCUUCCUCCAUGUGGCUCCGUAUCCCCUCACGCUGGCCGACAGCCCGGUGGCCUUCUCUACCGACCCCCGAGGCCACUCGACCGCCAUCAUCCGCUCGAGCCCCACCCUCAUUCAAUGUUUCCUGCAGUACACCUCCUUCGAGCACCAGGCCGAAGUCCGCUGGGGCACCUUCUUCGGGAGGGUGGGGCCCGGGUUUUCCAAUCCGGACCCGGCGAAUGUGAGCCCCUUCCCGCCGCUGUUCCUGCCCCUGGCGGCCCGUAUGGCUCCCCUGAUAGUGGACCACACCCGGUCCAUGGUGCGGUUCUUCACCUCGCCGUCGAAGUACCCCCUUCCGGCUUCGGAAACGGAAAUUCUGGCCGGCGUGGCCACCUCCCAGGAUGAGGCGUUGCUCCUGGGGCUGACCGGGGACCCUGCCCUGUCGCGCUCGACAUACCUGGCCCGGCUCACCGGCACCGGGCUUGUCAAAAUCAAUGGCCUCGACAUCCAGUUUGAGGGUCCGGUGCUGGCGAUGCCAGGGACCGGGGCCUCCUUCUUCAUGGGGUCCGGGCGGCGGGUCACCUUUGCGGCCACGGUGGCGUCGGUGAAUGUUUAUCAAACCUGGCUCGACCUGCCGGCCAACAUCCUGGCCAUGACCGUCACGCGGACCCUGUCGACGGACAGCACCUGCGCCCAGGCGUCCGAUGUGGUGGCCCUUCUGGACACCGGAUCGAUCUAUGUGGUGCCCUGUUUCGGGAUCGGGCAAGUGGGCGACCCGGUGGACACCCACUUGCCGGCCGGGCUCAACCGGUCCGGGGCCCGGUUCCUGGCUGCUCCGGCCAAUGCCAUUUUGAACGAGGUGGCGCCCUUCUAUGUGGUGCUGCCGAAUGUGUCCAAUCCGCUGGACCGGCUCUGGCAGGGGUCCCUCCAUCAGGGCAUCUUCUCCUGGCGCCGGGUGGUCCUGCCGUCGGCGGUGGUCGGCCUGGAGGACUUGCAGCUGAUUCGCCUGCGCACGGACGCCAUCACCCCCGGCUCCUGGACCCUGGUGUCUGGAAAGAGGGCCCUUUUUGACUCGGCGGCCUUCCGGUGCGAGGAGGACCGCACCAUCCUGUGCGAUGGCCCGGGCUCGCCGUCCCUCUCGUCGGCCGGGUGGACAUGUGGCAUUGGUCAUGUCCAGUCGCCCUUCGUCACGCCGGGGCAUCUGUGCGCCGGGUGCCAAGAUGGCUGGUACCUGGACCGGCCGGCCGGCGAGGCGCCCUUCACGCAGCCGGGCCACAAGUGUCUCCCCUGCCCGCAGGAGCAUUGUAACAUUUGCGAGGGCCAGCACUGCCUCCUCUGUUCGGGCAGCUACCUGCUGCAACCGGGCAAUGGCGAGACUUUGUGUGUGUCUUCCUGCUCGGAGGGGUUCCUUCCGGUGGGUGGGACUUGCCAGCCGGGCGGCCAGGCGUUGCCGGUUUUCCAGCUGUCCCCUCCCGCCCCGUAUCAGAUUCCUGGACUGGAUCCCGGUGAUCGGAUUACCGCCAUGGGCCACACAUGGCUGGCGGUAGACCCGGACACCGGGCAGAUGGUCGUCCCGGCGGCCGCGGCCCCCGGCCCCGGCCCGCGGGUGCUCAUCUUUACCGAGCAGGACAAGAGCUACAUCAUGUCGGCCGGUGACAUUGACCGGCCGGUUGAGUCGGCCCUGCGGGAGAUUCCCCUGUCGGGAGUAUCGCCGUCCGGUUACACCAUCGACUUUGCCGAACUUGGGCCCUUCCUCUAUGCGGGGCGGGUCCGGUAUUUGCUGGCUUUCUGCCGGUCAGAUGGGCAGGGGCCAAUGCUGACCUUGCAAUGCUCGGGCCCGGCGCCAUGCAUGCCGACCGAGCAAUUUGUCCAAUUGCACCCUUCCCCCAGUUGCCAUGCGAUCCACCGCCUGUCGCCGGAGAGUAUCCUGUUUCGGAGCUACCUCACCCAGCUGAACAUCCUUUGGUUUGAUCCUCUUUCCCAGGGGUUGAAGGAGUCCCUGCUCGUGGGCGGCGCUGUGGUGAGCCUGUCGGUUGGUCCGGCGGCCGGUGGCCGGGCCCACACUUCCCCCGGUGACUGGAUUGUGUGGAGUGAUUCGACUCCCGGGGUGACGGCCCUCCCGGUGGCGAUGGUGGGCUCGGACCCGCGCGCCAUGCCGCUGUCGGGGCUCUUUGUGUCUGGGCUGUCGGCCGCCGAGGGGUCCUUCGUGCCGGUGCUCCUGCCUCGGGGUGCGGCGGCUCCGGCGGAGCUGGUCUUCGUCCGGGGCUCCGGCACCGAGUGGCUGGCUGUCCGGACCCCGCGGGACAUGCUGCCGGGUGGCCGGUCCAAUGGGCUACUCUCCAGAGAGCAAGUCCUUGGAACGUUCCCCCGGGCCUUGGCCUCGCCGGGCCACCGGGCACCGGAUGUCCUCUUCCAGGGGGUGGAGCUGCCGGCCGUGAACCCGGCCUUCCCGAGUGCGCUGCUCGUGCAGGCGCGUACCUUUGUGGGCAUCUCGCUGAUGUACUGCCCCGGCGGGGCCACCGGGCCGUGUACCCUGCAGCCGGCCAUGUUCGUGUCGAUCCCACUGGCCAACCAGCUUCCGGACGAUGAGCCGCUGUGGUUGCCGGCCAUGGUGUCCCUGCCGGGUGACUUGGGCGACCCGGUGCAAGCUGCCGCCCUGUCGGCAGGCGCACAGAAUUUGGUGACCUUCUCGCGCUACGGCGGGCCGAUGGUCCUGCCAUUGAAGAUGACCUGUCCGCCCGGGCACCAUGGGGUCCAGUGUGCUCCGUGUGAUGCGCGAUGUGCCGAGUGUGAUGGGCCCGGUGGGGAGUCCUGCACCGCCUGCCCGAGUGGCAGUUGGCUUCUUGAUGGGGCAUGUGUCGGGGUCUGCCCGGACGGCAUGUGGCCAAAGGCGGACACUCAUACGUGCGAGCCCUGUCCGGCUGGCUGUGGCAUGUGCACCUCCGGGGACACAUGUACCAGCUGUCUUGGCCAGCGGUUCCUGGCUGGGGAUGGAUCAUGCGGCCAGUGUGACGGGGCAUGUGCCGAGUGUGUGGAUGCCAUGAGCUGUACGGUGUGCCGGCCGGGGUUGGUCUUCAUGGGGGCCGAUGCCGCGGUGCCGUCGCUGUGCACCUCCUCCUGCCCGCCGGGCAUGUAUGUCGGGCCCGAGCGAUGUGCCGAGUGUGACCCGAGCUGUGACCUGUGCACCGGAGGGGCCAUGGAGUGCGAGGCAUGUGCCGAGGGCUUCCGGUGGCUGGCCCGGCCGCCCCCGGGCGGCACCGGGGCCUGUGUCCCCUGCGACGUGGGGUGUGCCCUGUGCACGGAGGAUGCCUGCUUUGCCUGUGAACCGCUGCGGUUCCUGCAGGCGGAUGGCCGGUGCGUGGCCGACUGCCCGGCCGGGUUCUGGCCCAAUGGCGAGUCCUGCCAGCCGUGCGAUGUGUCCUGUGCGACGUGUGUCGGCGGCCAGGCGGACCAGUGUGAUGGCUGCGCCGCCGGGUUCGACCUCCUCGAGACUGGCCCCGGGGUGGGGGCCUGUGCUUCCGGCUGCCCGGAGGGCCAGUACCACGCUGGUGGCGGGGCUUGCCUGCCGUGCGAUGCGGCAUGCGCCGCAUGCAAUGGCCCGACCAACCGCGACUGCUGGCGAUGCCAGGGCGGCGUGCUGCAGGACGGCGAGUGUGUGCAGGACUGCGCCACCGGGCACACUGCCGCCGCCGGCCGGUGCCUGCCCUGCCACCCGUCGUGUGGCGAGUGCACCGGCGUCCGGAGCACCGAGUGCGGCACCUGCACCGGGGACUUGCUGGCCCUGCCGGCCGGCCAGUCGCCGAUGCGUUGUAUGCCGGCCUGCCCGGCGGGGUACAGCACCACGGCCGCCGGGUGUGCCUCGUGCAGUGCCCACUGCGUCAGCUGCCCGGGGGCCACUGCGAGCUGCGCGCUCUGCGAGCGGGGCUGGCUGCUGGACAGUCCGGGAUGUGUGGCCUCCUGCCCGAGCGGCACCACGGAGCUGGGGAACUUGUGCUCCACCUGCCAUGCCGUGUGUGCCACUUGCUAUGGCCCGGGGCCGGACCACUGCCUGACUUGCGAUCCGCUGGCCCCCUUCCUGGUGGGCAGCCAGUGCCAUGGGGCCUGCCCGGCGGGCACCUUCCAACAUGGGGAAGCCUGUCUGCCGUGCCACUCCACUUGUGGCCAGUGCACCGGAGCCGGGGUCGACCAGUGCGUCGGCUGCUCCGGGGCCCGGGCGCUUUACCAGGGAUCCUGCCUGACCGCCUGCCCGGGGGGCUUCUUUGCCGAGGACAAUGUCUGUGUCGAGUGCGAGGCUUCCUGCGGCACUUGCAUCGAGGCCGGGACUUGUGCCACUUGCCGGGGGCAGGACAUGCUCAUGCCGGGGGGGACUUGCGUGUCGGUGUGUCCGGCAGGCUGGCAUGGGUGCGCGGCUUUCGGCGAGUGUCGGGCCUGUCCGAGCCGCUGCACGGGAUGCGCCUCGGCCGGGGCGGCCUGCGCCGGGGUGUGCACGGCCUGCGAGGCGGGCUUCGUCCUCUCCUCGGGCGCAUGUGUGCGGGAGUGCCCGGCCGGGGAGUUCGCCCCGCCGGGGGCGAGCGCCUGCCAGCCCUGUGACAGUGCCUGCGCGAGCUGCCUCAAUUUGGGGGAUUUCUGCACGCGCUGUCCCGAGGGGCUUGUCCUGCGGCCGGUCGAGGGGGCCUGUGUGACGACGUGCUCCGGGGCCGAGGCCCCGGUGGGCGGCGUGUGCCUGAGCUGCCUUGCCGGAUGCGAGCGGUGCACGCCGGCCGGCGACCAGCCCGGAUGCACGGUCACCGAUGGCGGCAUCCUCGAUUGCCCGGACAUCGGCACUUGCGAUCGUUGCGCCUCCGGCCGAUAUCUCCUGGGCCGGACGGCCUGCGUGGAGACCUGCCCGAAUGGGUACCAUGUGGAUGAGGAGGGCCCGUCGGCCGGCUGCAUGCCCUGCCACGCGAGCUGCGCGGCUUCCUGCCUCGGCCCCGGGGUCGAGGGGUGCGUGGACUCGGUCAGGCCGAAGGCCUCGCAGGUGGGCCUGGCCGUCGGCCUGGCCGUGGGCCUGCUGCUCCUGCUGCUCCUGUUGAUCUUGCUGGUGGUUUGCCUUGUCCAGCGGCGGGAGAGGACCCCGGCCCCGGGCAAGGCCACCGACGAUGAAGAUGCCACCAUGAUGAACACCAUCGUGGAGCUGGCCCUGCCCGGGGCCAUCCUGGUCGAUGUGGAGAUGGACUUCCGGCCGGUCGAUGAAGGGCACCUUGGCAUGGGGGCCCAGGCGUCGGUGUUUGCCGCGCAGGCGGUCGGGGCCGGGACCCUCGCUCGGCUGGGCUGCCCGGAGGUGGUUGCCAUCAAGCGCAUGGCGGUCGAAUCCAUGGAGCCAGUUCGCCAUUCCCUCUUCCAGAAUGAGGUCGCUCUGAUGUGGCUGCUGCGUGACUGCCCGGGCGUCGUGCGGCUUUUCGGGUACAGCGAGGCCCCGGCGGCCGUGGUCAUGGAGCGCUUCGACUCGGACCUUUCGCUGCUGCUCUGCUCGGAGAUCCAGCUGUCGGCGCUGGCGGUGGCCGACAUCUGCCACCAAUGGGCCGCCGGGCUGGAGGCCAUGCACGCGCACGGGGUGGCCCACUGCGACUUGAAGCCGGCCAAUGUGUUUGUCAGUGCGACGCCGGCCGGGGGCUGGCGCGUGGCCCUCGGCGACUUGGGCACAUCCCGGAACUUGCAUGCCAACCGGCUGUCGGCCCUGCUGAACACCAUGCCCGAGCUGAAUGCCAUGACUGUGCGGUAUGCCGCGCCGGAAGUGCUGCAGGCCUUCCAAGGCAGGGUCCCCUUGGAUUUGGGGCUCUUUUUCCCGGCCGAUGUCUUUAGCGCGGGGAUCAUGCUGCAUGGGUGCCUGACGCGCGCGAGCCCCUGGCAGGGGCUGGCUUUGGAGGAUAUCAUGGCCGCCGUGCAGGCCGGCGACCGGCCAAGCGUGGACGGCCUCCCCGUGGCAGCCGCGGACCUGGUUCAGGCUGCCUGGCAGGGGGACCCCCAUCGGCGCCCGGUGGCUGCCCUCUUCCGCCAGCGCUGUGCCGGCCUGCUUGUUGCAGCCGGUGGCCUGGCGUGA